UGACAGCCCCACCUAUCCUCCUUCCUCACAAUUGGAACAUUGAUGACAUGUCUUCAGCUUUUUACCAUCUUUCUCAGAGCCUCCUCAGCAAUUGCAAGCCAUCAAAUCAUGGGAUAAAGAUCAAGUCUUGCUUGAACACCAACCAGAGCAGACCAAGCACAGCCCAAAUUCAGACAAAGAAGCGAUGCCUGAGGUGCAAGACCCUUUAUUUAGACAAAGACAAUUCCCCAACCGCUUGCUCCUUCCAUGGCCACACCACCGGAGAGAAGGGGCUGUUUGCACUGGCUCCACCUCACCAAGGAAUUGAUGGAGAGUGGAGUGACGGAUCUGGAGUAAUUGUUUACAAAUGGAAUGAAAAGAAUAAUAGACCAAGCACUGGAAGUGCCAAUUGGAAGAAAAGAUGGAGCUGUUGUGCUGAGUAUGAUGAAAAUGCCCCACCUUGUCGACAAGGGUGGCAUGUUUCCUAUGAUGAUGGGUUCACUUUGUACUAGUAAUUUCAUGAUAUAUUUAUGCAUCUGAUCCAGAUAUCGAUCUGCUUUAGAUUUUUUAGAUUUUUUAGGUUCUUUAGAGAAGAAAAAUGGAGGGUCUUAUCAUUUGUUGUAUAGGCGAUAAGCUGAAUUUUUUUUUUUUAUGAUGAUGGGUUCACCUUUUGCCACAUUUGGCUUAAAUGUAUUACAAGAUUAGCACAAGAAGUGGUGCUGACUGCUUAUUAAUACCAUGAUAUAUGUUAUGCAUCUGGUCCAGAUAGAAAUCAGCUUUUGAUGCUUUGGAAAAGAGAAAUGGCAAGUCUUAUAAUUUGUGGUAUAGGUUAUAAGCUGAAUUUUUGGCCUUCAUUUUGUAAUGUUUUCUGGUUAGAAUUUA